AUGACCCUUCAGAUCAACCACGUCACUGGUGAGCGCGUCCAGACAUUCAUCGCCACUGCCGGACAAUUUAUCCCGCUUGUCAUAGGCGGCUGCACACUUCUCCGGGUCCUUUGGAAGGUUGGCCUACUGGGACUACCUUUCAAGUUGCUUAUGGUGUUUCUGUUCCCGGACGUGAAACCAGAAGGUUCAGACACUACCUCUACUAGUAGCCAUGAGACGACAUUUUCGGAACCGGAUGAGCGAAAAGGGUGGUGGACAGCCAUCACCACGUUCCUGCCGUGGCUUUGCGUUUUCAAGUAUUGGAGACAUACUGGCCGAAGAUAUCCAACGAGAAGGAUGCGCCACGAAUCGGGUGCUGGAAGCCGCACCUCCUCGAGCUACGCAUCGGAUUACUAUGGAUCCGGUUCGUCGCCAUUGUCGAACCCAAGUGUGGACUGA